AUGCCCAUGACAGGCUUAGGCGCACUUUGUUAUCAUACGCACAAAGCCGUUACGGCCCCAGCUUCAUCCUCAAAUACGCCCCGAGGACAAAUCGCAUACAAGAAACGCAGCAUGACAACUAGACGAAUCCAUGACGACGAAGUGUGA